UCUUCUGUUUCAUCUCCCUUUUGUUGUUGUGGAACGAAGACUCAACGAGACUCAGAAAAUAAGCCAUCUUUUUUCUUACUGUAUAUCUCUAAGAAAACCUCUUAUUCGUGGCAAUCACAAAAGUUACCAUCUUUCUAAUAGGUUCUUUGUUUGUCUCAGUUUGUAAAGAAUCUACAGUGAGUUUGUAAUGGCGGGUGGGGAGGAGAAGACUCUUACUCCAAAGGAGAUUAUACAUCACAAGUUUGGUGUUAAAGCAAGUUACAUGAUUGAGGAAGUUCGUGUUUCUUCUCAGAGUACUUGUCUCUAUCGAUGCCACUUGCAGCUACCAGACUUUUCUGUUGUAUCAAAUGUCUUUAAGAGCAAGCAGGAUUCUGAACAAUCCGCUGCUGAAUUGGCUCUGGAGAAGGUAUGCCUUUGGUUUCAUCUCUCAUCUGUAUUUGUAUCUUUGUUUUCUAAAAACUCAUUUGUGUUAAAGAAGACAAUACUGUUAAUGUUGCAGCUAGGCAUUCACCCUCAGGAUGAUCAUCAUAUUACUGUGGAGGAAGGUUGGGAGGAUAUUGUUGAACGCAUCAAGUAUAUAUUUUCUGACGAGUUUCUUUCAUCUGAUCACCCUCUUGGAAGUCACCUUAGAGCAACAUUACAAAGGACAGGUGAACAUCGUGGAUCAGUUCCUGUUUCUGUCAUUACUACGUUUGACUCAAAGAUCAACAGCCUUUGUAAAGUGAUCAAUCCUUCCAUGGACUCUGAUCCUACUGUGGCCAUGUCCUAUAUCAUGAAGGCUGCUCUAAAGUUAUCAGAUUACAUUGUGGUAUCUCCACACGCGGCUUCACUCAGAAGGAAGAGUCCAUACCCUCCAGCAAUCAUAGAAGGACUUGCUACUCAUGUAGAAAGCAUAAAAGUUGAGGCUGUACAUAUAAAAUGUACCAAAUGCGAUGAAGAGGUUGUUGCGCCAGUCGUUCUUGAUAUCUCAUCAGAUCGGUAUUACUUGGAUACUAUUGCUGAAAAGCUUGGUUUGAAGGAUGCCAGCCAAGUGAUGAUAUCCAGGGCGAUUAGCAAAACUUUCUCUGGCUAUGAGUGUAGAGUAUACUCUGCCAUUCCUAAGCUGACGUCUUCCAAUGAUUUAAAAAAGUCUCGGAAUGCAAAAGCAAGUUUUGUUUGUUGUGGUCAAGAUAUUCAUGGUGAUGCAAUCUUGGCAUCUGUUGGUUACACAGGGAGGUCCCAUGAUCUUGAACAUGAGGAUGUAACCUUAAAGUCAUUUUACAGGUCCCUUUACCAACUUUUUUCUUUUCAACAUGUUUGUUUUUUUUUAGUUCGUGUAUCUUAUCAUGUUUUUCGCUUGUGCAGGAUAUGUUGCGGUAUGUCACCCAAUGGAAUCUACAAAAUCUCCAGAAAAGCGUUGAUUGCUGCACAGCUGCCUUUAUUAUUCACCAGAGAGUCUAAUUGGCGAGGUCCAUUCCCCAGGGAGAUUCUCUGCAUGUUCUGUAACCAACAACAACUAGCAGAACCGGUGUUUACUACAUCUACAGCUCCUGCUAAGUCGAUGUCUGACUUGUUAAGUUCCUUCAACAAGAUAAAAGAUGAUUCUGACAAUCAGUAUUCGAGUAGAGGUAAUUGGGGGAUGCCAGGAUCAGGGAAGGGGUAUAGAUGUGAAGUGAAGAUUUUCUCAAAGUCACAGGGUUUGGUUUUAGAUUGUUCGUUGAAGAAGUUAUAUGAGGAGGAAAAUGAUGCUGUUCAAAAUGCUGCAUUGAAAGCCCUCUCAUGGUUUAGUAUGUUUUUCGGCGACAUGGAUGUAGAAUCCCUGGAACCAUGCUAUACAGAUGACGACCUGAAUAUUCAGUUUAAUCAGAGGAAUCGUUUUAAAGAGACCUUACCAAGCAGUAGAGUGUAUCAACUCCCCGAGAUUAUCAGAAACGGAGAAUCAAGGUGGUACAUGGGUAUGAUGCCAUGGGAAAAGAAGCGUGUUCAAAAUAUAGCAAACGGUUCCUUGGUCAGCAUAUGCUAUUCUGUGUACUUGAAAAAGGAUGCUGAGUAUUCAAAGAAAGGUAAAUCUUUGAAAGAACUCAUUGAAAGCAAUGAAGAGAUAGAGUUUGAGGUAGGGCAUGGGUCUAUGAAUCCACAUCUUGAAUCAGUUGUUACUCAGAUGUCUGUGGGUCAGCAUGUUCGUUUCUCUACUGGAUUGCCUGCUGAAGCCUUGGUUUUGGCCGCUGGCAAUGAUACUGCGAAAGCUGUCUCACUCUUGUCAGGUUUGGAGUACAGUGUAAUUUUGUUGGGAGUGAAGGGUCCAACAGAAGAACAAAUGGAGAAGGCUAACAUUGUUGAAAAGGUUGCAGAAGGCUUCUUCUUGCAGUCUCUUAAAGACUAGUCUUUGAUAGAAAGAGUAUCAACCAGAGUAGGCUUUAAAAGAGUAUCAACCAGAGUGGGCUUUUGAGUUCAUCAAUAAACUCUCCCUGGUCUUUGAUCUUCUAAAAGGUCCCCAAGUCUUGCCCUUUGUCUUUCGAGUCCCAUUGAUUUCCAAAGCACAAGAGAUGUGAAGUACUUUAACUUAUGAAGUUCGGAUUGGUUUUUUCUCCUAGAAGUUUUCUCUUACAAAAAGAUGAGGUCUCUAAGCAUAUGAACAUGACCUGCAAACUUAUGUCCAAAUUCUCUUUCGAUAUUUAAAGGUUUAGUA